AUGCAACAUUUAAAGAAACCACAAUUGGAGAUUGAAAAUCACAAUUGGUCCAUACUAUGCCGCAUGCUUCCUGCUGCGCUACUCCAUGCUACAUUCUCCCUACUGUGCUGCUCCCUGCUGCAUCCUCCCUGCUGUGCUACUCUCUGCUACAUCCUCCCUGCUGUGCUACUCUCUGCUACAUCCUCCCUGCUGUGCUACUCUCUGCUGCAUCCUCUCUGCUGUGCUACUCUCUGCUGCAUCCUCUCCUCCCCUUCCAUGCUGCUACUCCUCUCCUCCCUUCCUUGCUGCUACUCCUCUCAUCCCUUCCCUGCUGCUACUCCUCUCCUCCCUUCCCUGCUGCUACUCCUCUCCUCCCUUCCCUGCUGCUACUCCUCUCCUCCCUUCCCUGCUGCUACUCCUCUCCUCCCUUCCCUGCUGCUACUCCUCUCCUCCCUUCCUUGCUGCUACACCUCUCUUCCCUUCCUUGCUGCUACACCUCUCCUCCCUUCCUUGAUGAUGCUCCUCUCCUCCCUUCCCUGCUGCUGCUCCUCUCCUCCCUUCUCUGCGGCUGCUCCUCUCCUCCCUUCCCUGCUGCUGCUCCUCUCCUCCCUUCCCUGCUGCUGCUCCUCUCCUCCCUUCCCUGCUGCUGCUCCUCUCCUCCCUUCCUUGCUGCUACUCCUCUCAUCCCUUCACUGCUGCUACUCCUCUCCUCCCUUCAUUGAUGAUACUCCUCCCUUCCCUGCUGCUACUCAUCUCCUCCCUUCCCUGCUGUUACUCCUCUCCUCCCUUCCCUGCUGCUACUCCUCUCCUCCCUUCCCUGCUGCUACUCCUCUCCUCCCCUCCCUGCUGCUGUUCCUCUCCUCCCUUCCCUACUGCUGCUCCUCUCCUCCCUUCCCUGCUGCUGCUCCUCUCCUCCCUUCCCUGCUGCUGCUCCUCUCCUCCCUUCCCUGCUGCUACUCCUCUCCUCCCUUCCCUGCUGCUGCUCCUCUCCUCCCUUCUCUGCUGCUGCUCCUCUCCUCCCUUCCCUACUGCUGCUCCUCUCCUCCCUUCCCUGCUGCUCCUCCUCUCCUCCCUUCCCUGCUGCUCCUCCUCUCCUCCCUUCCCUGA